GCAAAGUCUGAAGGUUGAGCAUAACGUGGCGGUUAUACAAAAAUGGGUUCCGAGGGAUUUCUUGGACUUGGUUUAAAUGAAGAAGAUGAGAAACUGCUAAAGCAGUUAUUGGAGUGUGAUUGCGGAAUGAAAACAAUACUAGCCUUUGUUAGUUCAAGGUUGUUUAGGCCACUGACUUCUUGGGAAAUCAAGAUACUUCGCAAUCAAGUUUUCCCUGGUUCCAAGAAACUUUCGGACGUACUAGAUGAAAUACGUAAAGAUUCUAUUGUGUUCGUGGAGCAGUGUGACGGUGAGAUUACUCAAGUCUCUUUGUCACACUAUGAACAGAUCGAGUUAUAUAAGAGGUUCCCAGAAGUUCUUAGUUUCAGUGUCACCUACAACGCUUGUCUCGUUGGGUUUACUAUUUUCCAGGUAGCUGUAACAGAUGGUCUUCUAUGUACAAGACCCAUCAUGUUUUCAUUACAUUCCACAGAACAAACAGAAGAUCUGUGCGUUUUGUUAAAGCAUUUCCGUGAAAUUUUUAAGGAUGUUAGCUCAACCCUAACAGUAGCUGUAGAUUGCCCAGUUUCUAAACCGGAGUUGGUGCAGGAAUUCUUUCCAACUUCAAGAAUUGUUUUGAGUUCGUCAUACGUUAGAAAGGUCUUUAAGAGAAAGUUUAAAAGUCCCGUUGCAAACAAAAUUUUUGCUGGGUUGACAUCUACGUUAUGUCCAAACAAAUUUAAAUCUGAUCUACAAAAUAUGAAGAAGUUAGAUUCGGAGGUUUAUGAUUACGUCAUUCAACAUUGGAUCCCUAUAAAAGAAAUGUGGGUGCCAGCGUUCUUACAAAAUGUUGUUACAUUAGGUACGAAAGUCAAUGGUGUAGUAAAAUGCGUUCAUCCGCGUAUACGAGAAGCACUUAAAGAAAAUAACUCUCUGAAAGAUUGCUUGAUGGCUUUACAUAAGGAAGUUAAAAAAUACUGUAACCUCUUAGAAAAUGAGACUUCUCUUCGCCUUCUCAAACACAAAAGGUUCAAUGUAGACGAAGAGUUACAUGAAUUUCUCAAUCAACUCACAGAUUAUGCUUCUGAUAAAACCUACAACGACAUCGUACGCGAAAGUGACAUCACCAUUGAACAAGUUGAGGACGAUUGCGUAUUUUGUUCAGAUGAUGGGAAUUCUUACAGAGUGGAUAGAAAUAAUGGCGUGUGUUCUUGUUCACUAAAUUCAGUUGAGUUGUUACCAUGCAGACAUCUCAUGAAAGUCCACUUUUCUAUGGGUUUGCAUACAGGUACACCUUGUAGAUACCCGCGGUGGCUUAGAUCUCAUAAUCUUCAACCACUAUCAACUGCUCCGACGAGGGAUAAGCGAAUUGACGUCAAUAGUGCUAUGGCAAUGGUCAUUAGAAAAUUAAAGAUGUUACAAGACCAGUGUUCACCGACUGUCGUUUUCGAAACUGUCAAUCGAAUAAAUGCCAUCAUCGAGAAAUCGACCACGGAAAAUUUAUGUAUAUCUCCCACCUUAUCAGAUUCCUUUUAAAUUAAAUACUAUCUAUUUGUAACAUUUGGACGGCGCUUGAGUCAGUCAUUUGACCGAGUAAUAUCCAUUUCUCGUUCAUCUAAAAAUAUAUUUUUUUGCUGUAUAAAUGAUAACUGCCUCUAAACUGACUAGUUUGCAAUUGACUAUGUAUUUGUUAAAUAUUUGAUCCACAAAAUGUACAGUAUUGAAGAUAAAAUUUUUGUUCAACUGAUACAUCACAUCAGGUAACGAUCUACUCAAGACGAAUUUUUCUACCAUAUAAAGGAAAAAGAAAUAGUUCGAACGGUCCAACAACCAGGUAACAACUGUGUGAUUUUAAUAUUAUCAAUAAUAUUAUUCAGUUUUCUAUAUCUGUAAUAUAAAACAUCACAAAACUGGACAUCGAAUAAUGCCCGUUCACUGUAUGUAACUGUAUCUUGUCUUAGAAAUGAGCGUGUCAUCAAUUACUUCAGCGAGUGGCGUUUCAUAAGGCCACAAUCCACGAUAUCUAAGUGUAAAUACAUGUCAUAUGAAUACCACAGGCAAUGUAUCUUUCACGAAUAUAAACAAACAUGGUAUCGGAUAAAUCACACAAGUUUCUAGACCUUCAUGUCAUGUCAUAAAUACCAGAACAUACGGAACAACGAACAACACAACACAGACUUGAAAAAACGAUUACAAAGCAAAAUUUUUCCAGAGUUAAUCACAUCAUAUAUCAUCAAUCUCAAAAAACAUAAAAAUAGGAAUAUUGCUGAAGAACAAUUCCAGGAUACCUGAUGUAUCAUAGCAUAAUGAUGACCAUAGGCAAAGAAUGUAUAUAUCUGUUGAUGUCCCUGCCUCUGUGAAAGGGUGCGCACACACAGAGACGUACAUCCAGAUAGAUAGAGAGACGUUUGACGUUUGAAUGUUUAUUGCAGAGGAUGUUUGCUGUGAUGAUGAGUGGUCGAAUGUGUUGUGUGGUAGGUGAUUUCGAUGUCUGAGUGUGGUUGAUGAGUCAGUUUGCGAAUGUAUAUGGUGAGAGUGUUGUGUUGUGUUGUGUUGUGUUGUGUUGUGUUAUUUGGUUUGUGAUCGUCUAGCGCGAUGUUCUUUGUGCUAUGUAGAGAGCAGUGUUGUUCGUAUGAUCAUGCGAUAGCUUGUGUCCGCGUGUAACAAUAUCAAUGUAAGCCUAUAUAUAUAUAUGAAGAUAUGUAUAUAUAUAUAUAUAUUUCUAUGACGAAUGCUGGUUGAAUGUGAUAACAUAAUUGUGGUGUGAGUUGUGAGUUGAGUUUUCGCUUAGAGAGAGUGUGUGUGAGUGUGUGUGUUGAGCAGUCGGUUGGUGUUUGCUAUGUGUGUUAUGUGGAUAAGAUUUCUCCCUGUCGUUCGUGUAUUGUAUUCGUAGGAACUGAUCUGUUCGUUUGGAGAUUGUGUUAUGUUAAGUCGGAGAGUGUGGUUGUGGUUAUGGUUGUGGGUGCUAGGAAGACAGACUGUUGAGAGAGUGUAUAAUGAGUUAUUUUGUUGAGUUGAAAACGAAAUGUGGCAGAUGUGAUGUAUAUUUGUUUGGCGGUAUUUGUUUUUGAUAGUGGAGAAAGGCGUGACAAUGUACUGAAACG